CGCUUCCUGCCAGAGAAAGUGAAAAGAAGGGGAGGAUCCAGAUAAACACAGAGACUUCCAGAGAAGCUCUCAGAGCUCAGAGCUCAGGACUCAACCCGCCCAGAACCUGCUGAACACCAGCAGCUCAGCAUGCAGGAGAUCCUCACUCUGAGCACCAACAUCAUCAGCUCUCACACAGAGGAAUAAACACGGCUCUGACGCUGAGGAGAUCACCAGGAGCUUCAGGAGGGAUUCUGUAUGUAGAGAAAGUCUGGGUGAUGCAGAGAUAAUGACAGCUCUUCCGCCGACCUCAGCGCCCACACUCUCGAAUGCCUCAGUGACCUGUGACAACUGCAGUCACUUCAAAUACAUGUCGUACACCGUGACCUACAGCAUUGUGUUUCCUGUGGGACUGCUGAGCAACCUGGUGGCUCUGUUCGUGUUCCUGUGGCACACCCCCAAGAAGACGGCCAACACGGUGUUCAUGACGAACCUGGCCAUAAGCGACGUCAGCUUCACCCUGACGCUGCCCUUCAGGUUGAUCUACUACUCCAGGGAAUGUCACUGGAACUUCCCGGACUGGCUGUGUCGCUGGUGCGUGUACUCCUUCUACGUGAACCUCUACACCAGCGUGCUGUUCCUCAUGGGCCUGAGCGUUCUACGGUACCUCGCUGUGGUUCACCCCAUGCGGAACAAGACCCUGGUCACGGUGCGCCGAGCCAGCCUGGCUUGCUUUGGGAUCUGGGUGUUCGUAGCGUUGAUGUCCGUCCCGUUCCUCAUGUCGGGAACUCUGAAAGACGGCGAGAAGAUGCGCUGCUUUGAUCCCGGUCCCCAAAAGAACUGGAUACGGAUUCUCCACCUGAACUACCUGGCGUUGGUGCUGGGCUUCCUCAUUCCCUUCAGCACCAUUCUCAUCUGCUACGGAUGCAUCAUCUACAAACUGUUCGCGGGUCGCAAAGUCCGGAAUCAAAAGUCGGGGCGUCGUUUGCGCUCGGUGUACUUGAUCGCCCUGAUCCUCACCACCUUCCUGUUGUGCUUCCUGCCGUACCACAUCGUCCGCACGGUGCACCUGCACGCCAUCGUCUCGAGAGGAAACUGUCGGCUUGAGGGGUUUCUUCUGAGGAUUCCCGUUCUGACGCUCUGCGUGGCGGCUUCCAACAGCUGCCUGAAUCCCAUCAUGUACUACUUUGCUGGCGAGAGGUUCAGAACGUCUUUCCAAAGAGCCUCGCGCCGAGGAACGCUCAGCUCUGACAGCUUUCGCAUGUCGCUCCAGUGGAGGAACCGAUCGAACAGGUCGGUGAUGAACCACGCUCCAAUCACUGUGCUGAGCCAGGAGGAAAAGCCGGAGAAGCCUGAAAUUAAGUGAAGAUCAAGAGAAGCUGUUGAAGCUAUAGAUCUUUUUCUUCUGAACUUCCAACAAUAAGAAAGAAGAUGUUGGAUGUUCACAGAUGAUCUGUGAGGGAAUAAAGGUCUUGAAGACGACGGGAAGGAAGCACAGGUUCAAUGGGACCUCUAGAAUAAAGCUCAAUCCCAUUUCACCCCUAUUGGCCCUAACCCUCUUUGUUUUGCGCCUACUCGCCUAGGGGUAGGGGGUAGGGUGUCCCAGUUCUUGUUUGGUUAGAGGGGUAGGUUUAAAAGAAGUGUUGGGGCUUCAUUGCUCUUCAAAUAGAGAUUUUUCAGAAAAACACUCCAAACAGAAGGCAAUAAUGACAAACUCUGGCAAGAUGACGAACAAGCGACCAAAGAAACACACAAAUUUGAGUAAUUUCCUUGUUAGAAACGACAAUAACCACUAUAUUACCAUACUGUAGUUUAACCCUUUGAACCCCAGCCUAUUUCGGUGUUUUUUUCCUCUGUUUUUGUCAGUUCCACUUUUACUUGUUACACCACAGUUAUGUUAGGAGAUAGCCAUAUGCAAUAAUAAAAAAAAAAAAAAACAUUAAGCUGCUCAAAAAUGUUAUCAUUUGAUAUGUACCUGUAAAUGCUUCCAGAAUUUGUAAAUCUUCAUGGAACUGUUCAUGUUUUGAUCAGAAUUUUUAAUUUUCUUUUCAGUAAUAGUUAGAUUAGAGUGUAUAUUAGUCCUAAAAUGUAUAAGGAUUUUGAUUAUGAGUUCAUUACAUGGCUAAUUACAGAAUACAUGAGAAGCACCAGGCAGAUUUAUUUUUCUUGAUAUUCUCACCUCUAGGAUGCAGAUUGCUAAAACCUUGACAGUCAUAGCAGGCUAAGAGUUUGAAUAAUUUGGGCCAAUAUGGCCAAUAUUUCUACCUAAAUAAAAAAGUGAUUUAGUACACUGAAUAUUUCCCAUCAGCUGCUUAUAAUGAAAUAAUAAAGUAUGGAAAAAUGGAAAUAUGAAGGUAAGCCUAUUCUUUAGGUGUAUUUCACAAUAGACUUCUCAAAAACACUUCAGUUCAGCAUGAGGUCAGCGCUAUUUACCCUGUUUGUCACAAUGUAUGAAUCAUUCCUGAGUAAUUCAGCUGUAUAAACAAUGCACAUUUCUUUUACGCAAUUUGCUUCAAUGGGGUUCUAAGGGUUAAUGUGUAGUUUCAAUCCUUUAUGGCCAUUCUAUUCAUAACAAGCAUAAAAGCAUAAAUUGCUAGCAGUUCGUCUCAAUAGUUCCACCUUAAAUAAUUCAACAGGUGGCAGAGGCUGCUGCAGAAUUUAAGGUGGAACUGAACAAUAAAAAAAAAAGCUAAUAAAAGGUAUUAAAAGCUAACUUCAGCUUCCUGUCACAGAGGAAUUAAGAAGGCUCCACCUGCCCCCUUUCUGAAAACAUACAAUAAAGCUCUAAAGUUACUGUAACUAGCUAAUCAGCCUCAGUUAGGUUGCUGAACUUUAGCGCUCCACAGCUUUAACUAUAUCUAUAUCUGUAUCUGGUGAAUGAAGGGUUGUCCCAAAAUUUGUUUUUUUUUUUAGAGGAAAGAUUUCAUGACUUUUCCUCUUGUAGCUAACUCUGUUCCAAGGUGAAAGGUCACACU